GCAAUCUUUUGGCGGUGAAAAAAGUAGCCCGAACAAACUAGCAAAAGGAAAGUAAAAAUAGAAACCCUUCCUAGAGGAAAUAAUUAUAUCAGAUUUGGUAUUUUAUAUAUCCUUGUGACGAGUAUCUCUCACAUCAUAUACAAGAUUUACUCCAUUGGACAACUUUCCAUAGGUAUGACGUAUCGCUAUCAGACCAUCUAGGAGUAUGUGUGAUUGUAGAUAACUUAUACAAGAGUACCAGCUGAAUGGCGGGGUACAGCCAAUCAGCGCUGGCGUGUUUGGUCAGCUGGCAGCUGGAUGGUGGGGUGUUUAUAUCUCCUUCAACAACCACCAGCUCACUUCUCCCGUCAAAACCCUGCACUUCCUCAGUCGAUAAUCUGAAAUAUCACCAGAGAUAAACUGUAGGUUAUCUACCGUGCUCUACAGACCCCUGCUGACGAACAGAUCAUCAUGUCGCACGCCGGUUGUCCCAAAUGCGGUGCCGCCAUCAGUGGUGAAAAUAAGAGCUGCUCGUCCUGCGGUGCCGUACGUAUCCUGUUGCUCUUUCCUCUGAUGGAAUACACUCUAAUUUGGUAUAGAGCUGCCCCGUCUAGUCGAACCCAAUAUACGUAUACGAGAUGAGAUGACGGAAGGAUGGAUGGAUAACGCAGUUCCUUUUGCCUGUUCACUAAACCAUUGUCUAUCAAAUCAAUCAAUCAUGUCUAAACUAUAAAUAUUCAAUCAAACAUAUCUAAACUACUAUACCAGUAGUCAUUCAAACCAUAUGAUGCAUCAGCCUCAUCGGCGCCACCGAAGGCAUACUGUCCGUGGGGCUCAUCGAACUCACACUCCGCCGCUCAUUAUUAUUAUUAUUAUUACUAUUAUCCAACAUCACACUCUCAUCCGACCCUUGCUCAGAACUCG